GCGAGCGUGCGCUGCUGCGUAUUCGACGAUCCGACUCUCGGGACGCGUUCCAAAUUUAAAAAUAAGUUCCGUUUGAAUUUCGAAUAAGUACGUUACAAAAACUUACUUUUUAAAUAGAACCCUCGUUCUUAUUCUGUGACUGAGUUUGUUUUCUUUGUUGUUAAUUAGUGUGUGUUUGGGACGAAAAUGUAAACUUUUUUGAAAGUGGAUGUGUGUUUGAAGAACUUUUUUCGUUUGAUCUGGCCGUUUGGGCGCAAAUUUACGACGUAAUGUAACCCAACAAUCGAAACAAUGGAGCACCAAUCAUCCGACGAAGAUUUUUAUAGCAUAUGCUUGAAUAUGACCUCAGAUGAACUAAGCCUCGGAGCAUGUAACUACAGCAAUGAAUAUGAAAGUGGAGAACUUUUAGAGAAAGUCGUAUCCAGGGUUGUGCCAAUUUUCUUCGGCUUCAUCGGAAUCGUUGGGCUAGUCGGCAAUGCUUUGGUCGUGUUGGUCGUAUCCGCCAACCCUGGCAUGCGAUCAACCACAAAUCUACUUAUCAUAAAUCUUGCAGUAGCUGAUCUCCUCUUCGUCAUUUUCUGCGUACCUUUCACAGCCACAGACUAUGUGAUGCCAAGAUGGCCGUUCGGCGACUGGUGGUGCAAAGUUGUGCAAUAUUUCAUAGUAGUGACCGCUCACGCGUCUGUAUACACCUUAGUGCUUAUGUCCUUAGACAGAUUCAUGGCUGUUGUACACCCAAUAGCGUCAAUGUCGAUCAGAACAGAGAAGAACGCACUAUUAGCAAUAGGUUGCAUCUGGGUGGUGAUAUUAACGACAGCAAUACCCGUAGGAAUAUGCCACGGGGAGAGAGAGUACUCUUAUUACCAUAGAAACCACUCAUCAUGCGUCUUUCUAGAAGAACAGGGUUACAGCAAGCUGGGCUUCCAGAUGUCGUUCUUCCUAUCAUCAUAUGUGAUACCGUUGGCGUUGAUAAGUUUUCUGUACAUGUGUAUGUUGAUCCGGCUGUGGAAGAGUGCGCCGGGGGGGAGGGUGUCUGCGGAAAGCAGGAGAGGGCGGAAGAAAGUGACCAGAAUGGUCGUGGUUGUGGUUGUGGUGUUUGCUGUAUGCUGGUGUCCUAUACAGAUAAUCCUGCUAGUGAAAGCGCUAGACGCGUACAGCAUCAACUACUUCACGGUGACGGCGCAGAUAGUCUCCCACGUGUUGGCCUACAUGAAUAGCUGCGUCAACCCGCUUCUAUAUGCAUUCCUUUCGGAGAACUUCAGGGUUGCCUUUAGAAAAGUGAUGUACUGCCCGCCCGCGCAUAACGACGGCAUGUGCAACCGGCCGCAGCCAACCAAGACCACAAGGACCGGCAACGGGAACUCCUGUCACGAUAUCGUCUGAGAUUCGGUGCGCGGGCGCCGCGCCCGGGAGUCUGAACAAGCUACUGUGGUGUAAAUAUAAUUUAACAGGUAUCUGUCGCUUGUCAAAAAUGUGGUAUUAGAUAGUGACCUUGAUGUAAAAAAAAUAAGUUAGGAUUUGCACGCUCGGUUCGGGUCUCGCCGACACUUGGAGCUUUUCAUCGGGACCAGAUUCGGGUGUCUGACUUUACGCAUUUACUAUUUAAAUAUACUGUUUUGGCAAGCAGCAAGUGAGAGGACAUAUAAACAAGUGUAAAUUGAAAUGAAUAAGUGUUGAUGCUAGCUGUAGUUGUGUAAAAAUGUACAUUAUUAUUAGAUUAUGGAGGAGGUCCUUUUGAAUUUUAUAGUUUGGCUAGAUGUGGGUAAAUUCACGAAUGGUACCCACCCAGUGGUAUGGAGAGCAUGGUAAAUAAUAAAACUAUUGAUAAUUUUCACUAAAUUUACAAUGUUAUUAUAUUCAGUUUCAGCUAUCCUUGUGAGGUACCUACACACUCUUAAAACUACUUGUGCAAAGACUGAGUAUAAAUUCCAACAUUCAUUGAAAAAUGUAAAAAUACAUCUACAGUAUAAAAAUAAUGCACAGUUUUUAACGCGAUGUGUAAGAAAAAGCCAAAAAAUUUAAAAAUACAGUGUGGGUUUUACGAGCUGUCAGGUCCGAUUUUGCUUAAGAGGGUCGGUAAUGUAAGUAGCUUGCAAAGUAUUUAUAUUGCAAAAGCCGAACUUUAUCUCGUUUCAGAGUAUUAGGUUUUAAGAGUUUGCAUUACUUGCUUUUUGAAGUCUCUUUUGAAUAAUAAUAUUUGUGUUUCACAACAAAUAUAAAAAUAAAUAUUUUUUUAAAUUUGAAUUCACUUAUUUAGCAAACAAAUGGCUUUUCACGUCAAUAAAUAUAAACAGGUUAUCGUAUUUUUUUUUCUUUUGGAAGGUUGUCUGACUUGGAUGUUCAGUCCCCUAGAUAAUUUUUGCGUAUGUUUUUUUUUCUUGCCAUUUAUACAACACCAUACCAAAUAAAUAUGCCUUAUGAAUGGAUCCACACUGUAAGUGAGGCAGUCGUUGCCUAGAACAGUAAAACUGUUUGAGACAGUAGAUCGCCGAUUGUGCCAAAGAGACGUGAAAUAUUACACAAGGCGAGCAUAUCAAAUGAGAGUAAAAGGGAAUCUGAAACCAUAAUUUUCGAGUUAUUUUCCACAAUGUCUGUUGUGAUUUAGAAUUUUUUCUUGAUUUUCUUUUUUCUAGAUGUUUCUGCAUCAAGACUACUUUCAGUUAUUUUUAGCAAUUGCCACCAUGUAUAGUUUAAACAUUUAAGAGGACCUUCUUAAUAAAUGUGAAUAUAAUUUAGCUUCUAGAUAGAUAUUGUAUAUAAUUUUAAAGAUAUUAUAAUUGGCAAUGUUUAGCUAAUGUCUACGGUUAUACUUAGUCAGUUUACUAGUCAUACCCUCCUUCUCAUAUUCUUGAGCCCAAUGUGAGAAAGAGAAGACAUUUCUAGUAAAAUGUAUCAUAUCGCUUAUAGAAUAAUGAAUUUAUAAGUAGAUGUUUAUAAUCAUUAUCGUAUGUAUAAAUAUAGUUUAAGCUGUAGAAACAUCGAAAUUAAUGUUGUUACACUAGAUAAGUAAUUGUUAAUAUUAAUUUAGAGAUUUAAAUUUAGUGUCAAAGUCAUAUGAUGACGAACAUUUUUAACGUAGCCAUAGAUUUAGGUAACCUUGGAGCUGUAAAAUUAAAUAAUGUUUCCUUGUUAUUUUUGUAUAUAGCUAAAUCAAUCAUGUGUAUAUGUGAUGUACCAUGCUUUAAUUUAUGUUUAAUAAAAUCAAUGUUUUCACAA